AUGACAAUCAUCCUAUUUGCGCUUUUUUCCACAGUGCUAUGCUCGAGAUCCGAGGUGCAGCUUCGGCAGAAGCUUAUGGAACAAUAUAACCCAUUGGAAAGACCAGUGAAGAAUUACUCGGAUAAAGUGGUAGUAACGUUGGGUAUAGCUUUACAGCAAAUUAUCAGCCUUCAUUACAGUGUCGACUCUUCUUUUGAUAGCACGUACAAAGCUGAUCUUGUCAAUUAUUAUAACGGUGAUAUGACUUGGAAUCCGCCUGGUAUCUUAAAAGUUUCGUGUAAAAUUGAUAUUUAUUGGUUUCCAUUUGAUGAACAAACCUGCUUCUUUAAGUUUGGUGCCUGGACUUAUAAUGGAGCUCAACUGGACCUCCAGGAAGGGCAAGUUGCUCUACAGGAGUAUCUCGAAAGCGGCCAAUGGGCCCUUCUUAAAGCUUGGGCGGUAAGGACAGAAGACAAUUACGGGUUGGCUGAAACAUAUCCAGAUAUCAAGAUAUAUAUGCGUCUGAGGCGAAGGACUUUGUACUAUGCCUUUAAUUUGAUAAUGCCUUGUAUGCUUACGGUGAUACUAAUAGUCCUUGGUUUUACACUUAGCCCUCAGUCUUGCGAAAAAGUUGGGUUGCAGAUCAGUGUAUCGUUGGCUAUUAUCAUCUUCUUAACCAUAGUCAAUGAUAUGACGCCGCCAACUUCGGAAGCUGUUCCGCUUCUAGGUGUAUUUUUUCAUACUUGCGUUUAUAUAUCGGUAGCAGCAACGGCAUUUACUGUCUACGUUCAAGCAAUUCAUUUUCGUGAUCCAGAAAAUUCGCAACGAAUGGGAUUUUGGAUGCACUUUAUGCUACUUGAAUUAAUUCCAUAUUUACUUGCUAUAAAAAGACCAAAGAGAAAGAACAAUUGGCAAACGAUAAAGGAAAGUUGGAGAAAUCGUGGCCUUUAUGAUCCAGAAGAAGGUUACGCAUCACUUCAUGUAGGAUCUUUAAGUUUCAGUGACCUUGAUGACACCAAAACGUUCCAGUCGUCAAGCUUAAUCAAGAAAGCUUUACGAGAAAACUUUCAAAAUUUAUUGUUUCAACUGGAAGCGCGUGAACAAACCCAAAAGACACAGUUAUCACUGCAACGUAUCAAAGUGUUAAAUAGGAUUUACAAUCAUGUUAAGGCGUUACGUAAAGGUGCAGAAGAUGAGAGCGAAGUCAGAAGUAUUGGUAUUGAGUAUCAGUUUGCCGCUUUGGUAUUUGAUCGAUUGUGUUUGGUACUGUUCACUACAGUGAUGAUCCUUACCACAGUUAUCAAUGCUGCAAGAGCACCGUAUCUGUUUGCAUAA